AUUGUUUCGAUCUAUACUAUGAUACAUACACCCACAUAAUAGAAUAAUAGAAUAGAAUGUUUCUCCAAUUGUUUUUCAAGAUAACAAUUAACGACAACAAAGAAUUUUGUUACAUAGUAGAAAAUCAAACAUGAAACAGUGGUUGCUGUUGCCAGUUGUUGAAUUUCACUUCUUCAUAUUUGGCUAUGUCAUCUCAAUACCGACCAAGACGGCUCAACUUCAACCAUAAUACUUUCUUCUCUCCCUAACAACAAACAAUGACUCGAAAAUUACUUCAACACCAAGAAACACCUCCUUCAUCAUCAUCAUCCGCGCCACACCAUAGCUCUGGAGCUUUGUUCUUUUUCCUUGGAGGGAUUGUAGUGCUAAUUAUAUUGCUCAUUAUUAUCUUUGUAUGCUGGAAGCGUCUUAAACGCGCUCCAGCAGAAUUAUCUGAGAAGACAGCUUCACCACCAAGUCAGACUCAGAAGCAUGCAGAAGAAGAAAUGAUGAAGAAAAUUGUCCCAACUAAUCAACAAUCAGGAUUCAUGGAGUUCAUUAGUGGGAACCUUAGGACAAUUAGCUACUUUGAUUUCCAGACAUUGAGAAAGGCCACGAAGAAUUUUCAUCGAAGAAAUCUUCUUGGAAGUGGUGGAUUUGGCCCUGUCUAUCAGGGAAAGUUGCUAGAUGGAAGGCUAGUUGCUUGUAAGAAACUGUCUCUUGACAAAUCUCAACAAGGAGAAAGAGAAUUUCUAGCAGAAGUUAGAAUGAUCACAAGCAUCCAGCACAAGAAUCUCGUCCGCCUUCUCGGAUGUUGCUCAGAUGGACCUCAAAGGAUACUUGUGUACGAAUACAUGAAGAACAAAAGUUUGGACCUCUUUAUACACGGGAAGAGCGAUGAAUAUCUUAAUUGGAGUACUAGAUUCCAAAUUAUUCUUGGAGUAGCGCGGGGAUUGCAAUACCUUCACGAGGAUUCACAUGUAAGAAUUGUUCACCGAGAUAUCAAAGCAAGCAACAUUCUUCUUGACGAAAAGUUUCAACCGAGGAUUGGAGAUUUUGGACUAGCUAGGUUCUUCCCUGAAGACCAAGCUUACCUUAGCACUCAAUUUGCUGGAACAUUAGGUUAUACAGCUCCUGAAUAUGCUAUUAGAGGAGAACUGUCUGAAAAGGCAGACAUCUAUAGUUUUGGAGUUCUUGUGCUUGAAGUCAUCAGCUGUAGAAAAAACACAGAUCUCACUUUACCAUCAGAUAUGCAGUACCUCCCUGAAUAUGCAUGGAAACUUUAUGAGAAGUCAAUGGUGAUGGAUCUUAUAGAUCCAAAACUGAGAGAAAAGGGAUAUGUAGAAAAAGAUGUUAUGCAAGCAUUUCAUGUGGCUUUUUUAUGCCUUCAACCACAUCCAGAUUUGAGACCUGCAAUGUCACAGAUUGUAGCAAUGUUGACAUUUAAAAUUGACAUGGUUACAACACCAAUGAGGCCGGCUUUCCUUGAUCGAAGGCGUGUAAUAUUGGAUGAUGAGAACCAUUCUUGGGAAGUUAUAUCUGAGGUUUUACAAACUCCUGUAGCUAGUGAUUCUAUGUUAUAAUAUAAAAGCAUCAAUAAAUAUAUGAAGAUCACCAAUCCAAUUUUUCUGUCAAAUAGGACUUGUAAACUUAAGUAUCAAAGAAUGGAUUUCAUCAUGUGUAUAUAUUUGUGUGAAAUCAACUCAUAUAUGUUUGUACUACUUAGGUUUUAUAAUUUUUUUUGUCCCAUGUGAUUUUUUAAGUUUCAAACGUUUGCGCUAUUAAUUAACCUUUUUUUUUCUAGCUUCUAUAAAAUAAA